UCUUGCGUUCGCUCUCAAAAGGGAGAGUUUUGGAGAGAGAGAGAGAGAGAGAGAGCGCGUGUGCUUGGAAUCGCUCGCAAGCAUGUCUUCUUCAAAUGCCGCCCCUGAACAAACAGGGCAAUUGCAGAUGCCAGGUCCUCCAAAACGCUACCCAAUGGCUAGGCCAGCUACAGGUAGCGCUGGGCAACCAAUCAAAUUACUUUCUAAUCACUUCCAUGUUGUUAUUGGUUGCCCAGAUGCAGUUUUCUACCACUAUAAUGUCUCUAUUAAAACUGAAGAUGGACAUGCUGUUGAGGGAAAAGGGAUUGGUAGAAAGAUAAUGGACAAGCUCUAUGAGACAUAUAGCUCAGAGCUUGCAAGAAAAAGUUUUGCCUAUGAUGGUGAGAAAAGUUUCUAUACUGUAGGCCCACUUCCACAAAACAUUUUUGAGUUUCUUGUUGUGUUAGAAGGAUCAUCAGCCAGGUAUCGUGGUGGAACUGCUGAUGGUGGAAGUCCUAGUGGAAGUGGUCGAAAGAGGUCAAAGUGCUCCCAUCUUGCAAAAACAUAUAAAGUUGCGAUAACUUAUGCUGCGAAAAUUCCCAUGAGUUCUAUCAAGCUUGCACUCAAAGCAAGUGAAUCUGAGCAAGCCCAAGAUGCUAUAAGAGUACUUGACAUUAUUUUAAGACAAGAACAGGCAAAGAGGGGCUGCCUUCUUGUCAGACAAUCUUUUUUCAGUGCUACGAAUGCCAACUGCACUGAUUUGGGUGGGGGUGUCUCUGGAUGCCGAGGGUUCCACUCAAGCUUUUGUGCAACUCAGGCUGGAUUAUCAUUGAACAUGGAUGUUUCAACUACAAUAGUCUUGACUCCUGGUCCAGUCAUAGACUUUUUACUUGCUAAUCAGAAUGUAAGGGAACCUCGUUACAUUGAUUGGGUUAAGGCAAAAAGGAUGCUAAGAAAUUUAAGGGUGAAGACUAGACACACUAACAUGGAAUUUAAGAUUAUUGGAUUGAGUGAGAUGCCAUGCAGCCAACAAUUGUUCACAAUGAAAGUGAGAGGGUCCAGUGUAGAUGGGGAGACUAUGGAGAUCACUGUGGAUAAAUACUUUGCUAACCAUCAUAAUAUUGAACUAGCAUGGUCAGCACAUGUCCCUUGCCUUAAUGUGGGAAAGCCAAAGCGCCCAAAUUACCUUCCAAUUGAGUUAUGUACCCUUGUGCCAUUGCAACGCUACACAAAAGCAUUAUCUGGUCAGCAACGAGCUUCAUUAGUAGAAAAAUCAAGGCAGAAGCCUCUAGAGCGUAUAAGGGUUACAUCGGAUGCAGUAAAAAACAAUCUGUAUGAUCAAGAUCCUAUGUUGGCCUCAUGUGGUAUUUCUAUCAAGAAGGAACUCAUAAGCUUGGAUGGUCGUGUCCUUACAGCACCAGUGCUGAAGGUGGGGAAUAUGGAAGAUUGCAUUCCUCGUAAUGGGCGUUGGAAUUUCAACAACAAGAGACUUUAUGAUCCUGUAAGAAUUGGGAGAUGGGCUAUUGUAAACUUUUCUGCCCGUUGCGAUUUGAGUUAUAUUUCGAGGGAGCUUAUAAAUUGUGGAAGAAUUAAAGGCAUUCAUAUUGAUCAACCAUUAUCCUUACUUGAAGAAGAUCGACGAUGGGUUAGAGCCGGGCCAGUUGUUAGAGUUGAGAAGAUGCUUGCUUCGUUGGAGGCAAGGAUUAAAGAGAAGCCUCAAUUAAUUCUUUGUGUUCUGCCGGAAAGAAAAAACUGUGAUAUUUAUGGUCCCUGGAAGAAGAAAAAUCUCCAUGAUUUUGGUGUAAUCACUCAGUGCAUUGCUCCUGGAAGGAUUAAUGACCAGUAUUUGACCAAUGUUCUCCUGAAGAUCAAUGCCAAGCUUGGUGGCAUAAACUCUUUAUUGGCUGUGGAACACACUCCUUGUAUCCCCUUAAUUAAUAAUAUUCCUACGAUAAUUUUGGGGAUGGAUGUGUCCCAUGGAUCUCCUGGUCGAUCAGAUGUCCCAUCAAUAGCAGCAGUUGUAAGUUCUAGAAAUUGGCCUUUCAUAUCACGUUAUAGAGCAUCAGUAAGUACGCAGGCACCAAAAGUGGAAAUGAUUGAUUGCUUAUACAAGUCUCUCCCUGAUGGAAAAGAUGGGGGACUUAUGAGGAAGCUGUUUUUGGACUUCUAUCGAACCAGUAAUUAUCAAAAACCCCAACAGAUUAUAAUUUUCAGGGAUGGUGUAAGUGAAUCUCAGUUUGAUCAAGUGCUGAAUUUCGAGCUCAACCAAAUCAUAAAGGCUUAUGUAGGAUUAGGCGGUAGUGAACUUCCAAAGGUCACUUAUAUCGUAGCUCAGAAGACCCACCACACAAAAUUAUUUCAAGAUGGUCGCCAUGAGAAUGUUCCAGCUGGAACUGUUGUGGACACGAAGGUGGUUCACCCAAGGCACUAUGAUUUCUACAUGACAUCGCAUGCAGGAGUGAUAGGUACAUCAAGACCUACACAUUAUCAUGUGUUGCUUGACGAGAUUGGUUUUGCGGUUGAUGAUCUACAAAAGCUCGUGCAUUCUCUUUCUUAUGUGUACCAAAGGAGCACUUCUGCUGUAUCUCUCGUGGCUCCUAUCUACUACGCGCAUCUAGCAGCAUAUCAGAUGUCUCAAUUCGUUAAGUUCGAGGAUGCCGAUAACUCUUCUGGCAAUGAAUCAAAUGCAGAUGGAAAUGCUGCUGUUCCGGAGCUUCCCCAACUUCAUGAAGAUGUCGAAGCAUCCAUGUUUUUCUGCUGAUCCAUGCAGCAUUAUUAGAUAUACGUCUCCUUUGUGAGUAGAAGGGACAUUUUUGUGCAGAUAAUGGAUUUGGUGAAGUUCAUAUAAAAUUUUGUGGUCUGACCAUCAUUCUUUGUUUAUAGGUAUUUGAUUUAGUUGUUAAC